AUGGCAAUGGUGCUUCCUAAGCUCCGCAAGGUUAAUCUCUCGGGUUAUUAUAAUAUAGACGACUCGUCACUUUUGCAUUUAUGUAAGAAUUGUGAGUUUCUUGAAGAGGUUAUGAUGUUGAAAUGUCCAUUUUUAACUCAUGAUGAUGUCGCUUCUGCUAUCCGUGAGAGACCUACUUUGAAGUCUCUAUUUGUUAGAUGGAGAACAAAUGGAAGGCAUGACAACAUUGGUGCAAACUUCAUUGGCUCGUUGGUGAGUUUGAAUGGCUUAACUUGUCUUAAUUUGUCAUCUUUGCGCAUUUCGGAUGAAUUGCUUUUUUCUAUUGCAAUGGGAGGUCUUCCUUUGAGAAGACUUGUCCUCCAAAAUUGCACCAGCUAUAAUUAUGUUGGAAUAUACUCUUUGUUAUCCAAGUGUCGUAUACAACAUUUGGAUCUUCAAAAUGCCACGUUUAUGAAUGAUCACGAUGUCGCAGAGUUGUCUUUGUUUCUUGGUGAUUUGGUGUCUAUAAACCUUAGUGAAUGUAGCAUGCUCACAGACUCGGCCAUGUUUGCACUCGUUAGGAAUUGUCCUUCACUUAUUGAGGUCAAAAUGGAACACACAAGUUUGGGGGAAAAGAGUGUAGAUAAUUCUAAUUCUUCGAUGGAUUGUGUUUUAAACCAUCAAUUAAAGUCACUCCAUUUAACUUGCAAUUUUCAGUUACUAAAUGAAAACAUCAUAUUGUUUGCUUCCAUUUUCCCCAAUUUGCAAUUUCUUGAUUUGAGCUCCUGCCAUAACAUAUCUGAAGAAGGUAUUUGUGAAGUUUUAAGGAGAUGUUGUAAGGUUAGACAUUUGAAUUUAGCCUACUAUUCAAGAGUGAAACUACUUAGAAUAAACUUUAAAGUUCCUGAAUUAGAGGUGUUUAACUUGUCACAUACAUGUGUUGAUGAUGAAACACUCUAUAUGAUCUCAAAGAAUUGUUGUGGGCUUUUACAACUGUUUCUGGAAAAUUGUGAUGAAGUCACAGAGAAUGGUGUGAAACAUGUAGUCGAAAACUGCACACAACUCAGAGAAGUCGAUUUGGGGGGUUGUGAUAAUGUGAAUGCCAAUGUUACUGCAUCGGUGGUGUUUUCAAGCACGUCAUUAAGAAAGGUAAAUGCUCCACCUCAUUUUAGAAUCAGCGAUAGAGAGAUGAAACUCUUGUAG